CAAAUCAAGUCAAGACUCGAUAAAUGCAAUAAAAAAACCCGACCCAUUGUCAUCUCUACCAUCUUACACUUUGUACAGCACUACAGUCGACAGUCUCGACACACUACAUAGUGUACAGUAAAGAAGUAAGGGCACACUUGACUAAACUAGACCACCAUUGACAUUGACACUCUUCUCCUCAGAUCAUCAUCUUCUUCCGUCAGAUCUCUCACAAAUUCUCUCUCCUCCCUCGAAAAUGCCGCGAACUUCAUCACCCCUCAUACCAACCUCCGACAACCAACCAUACUCCAAAUCCGAAAAGACCAAAAAGCCCUUCAUUCCUUCUUCCCAUUCUUCCCGCCCUCCCAUACCCUUUAUCGUCUUUUCCAUUGUUUGCCUUCUUGUCGGAAUCUCCGGCACCAUUUUCUCUCUCCUCACUUUCACUCGCUCUCAAUCGCCGCCAAUUUUCCGGUGUGGUCGGGUGCAGGAUUCAUUUCGCGGGCAUUACUUAUUGACGGCUCAAAAUCAUCGAUCUUCCAAGAUCAGUGAUGGCGGGAAUGCUCUUGAUCGUCCUAAGUUUUUAGGGUUUGUUGGAAUUUUGACUGGGUUUGAUUCGUUUGAUCGAAGAGAGGGUUUGAGGAGUACUUGGUUUCCUUCUGAUCCUGAAGGUCUUUUAAGGUUGGAGCAUUCUACUGGUUUAGCCUUUAGAUUUGUGAUUGGACGGUCAAAAGAUGCUAAAAAGAUGGCUGCCCUCAACCAAGAGGUGGAUAAGUAUAAAGAUUUUUUGCGUAUAGAUGUUGAUGAAGAUCAUGCUAGCCCUCCACACAAAACCCUGGCAUUUUUCAUAGCAGCAUUUGAACUUUUUGAAGCAGAUUAUUAUGUUAAAGCUGGUGAUGACAUAUAUUUACGUCCAGACAGGCUUGCCACACUUUUAGCCAAGGAGAGAACUGAAACUAGAACUUAUAUUGGCUGCAUGAAGAAAGGACCUGUCAUCACUGACCCUAAAAUGAAAUGGUAUGAAAGUCAAGGACACCUUAUUGGAAAUGAAUACUUUUUGCAUGCUUAUGCUCCUUUGUAUAUUCUAUCCGCUGAGGUAGUUUCUUCAUUGGCUUCUGCCAAGAACAACAGUUUGAGAAUUUUUAGCAAUGAAGAUGUAACCAUUGGCUCAUGGAUGCUUGCCAUGAAUGUUCAUCAUGAAGAUAAUCGGGCUAUGUGUGAUCCUCGUUGCACGCCAACAUCGAUUGGUGUGUGGGAUAUCCCAAAAUGUUCUGGUUUAUGCAAUCCGCCCGCAAGACUAAAGGAACUUCAUGAUACUAAUAUGUGCUCUAAGAGUCCAACGCUUCCAGCAGAGGAGGACGAUGAUAGAUAAGUGUUUUCUUGCACUUCAUAUGUUCUAUUAACCUUUUCAUUUCAAGCAUGGCUUUGUUCCUGUUACUCGAAAUGCAAUUGGAAUUGAUAAAUAUCUCAAGGAUGAGUAUAUUUACAGAAGGAAUACGCCCUUGAAGUCCUAAAAUUUGUUGUAAUGUACGCUAGGCAUUCUUUUCCCGGGUGAUCAUUGUAUCUAGGGUAUAGUUAACUAUCACAGAGAUGUAGAACUACUCUUUACAGGUAUUAGGAGGAAUACUAUAUUAUGUGUUAAUAUUCAAUUAAAACAUGUGCUCUUUUUGAGAAUUGAGAGAUUUACCUUUCAGUUUGCUGUAACUAAUCCCAUUUCAAAUAUUCAGCCUCAUUGCUGAUAUGUAUUCUUUUAGUUGGUAAAUCCCCUUUGUUCUGGGAACUCACAGACCGAAUCAAAGACAAUUGGCUCGAUCUUUAGGUUGAAAAAUAUAAUUUCCUAUGUUCAUUCCAAAAUCCUAUGGAAAUGGUUUUGGACUGACCAUUUUUUAUUGUUGAAAAACAUGUAAAAUUGGUUGAUUUUUUUAUUCAAUAUAUUGAAAAGAUUAUCCAUA